UGUAUAAAUACUGCGACUCACUCACUCCCUAAAUUAAUUCCUAAAAAACCUUGAGAAAAUGACCACCUUUGAAGAAUCAACGACUCUGGAUUUCAUUCAGCACCAUCUCCUCGCCGAUUUUGCUUCCCCGGAGGCUUUUAUAGCUACCCUUGAUUUUGGUCUCUCUAACCUGCAAAAUUACCGCUCUCCCGAGCUAGAUAAGCUUCAAUCCCCUCUACCCGACCCGAAUCACCAACUCUCCGGAAUUUUCAGCCACGACGUUAAACCCGAGGCCGCCGAUUUCGAAACUCCGGUUUCCUCGGUUUCGGGGUCGAAAAUGGAGUCCGAGGAAUCGGUUUCGGAAGAGAGGAAGCAUUACAGAGGUGUACGGAGGAGACCCUGGGGCAAGUUUGCGGCGGAGAUCCGAGACCCGAACCGGAAAGGACGUCGGGUCUGGCUUGGUACCUUCGAUUGUGAUGUCGAUGCUGCCAAGGCUUAUGAUUCUGCCGCGUUUAAAAUGAGGGGUCACAAAGCGAUACUGAAUUUUCCGCUAGAAGCUGGACGGGCCAGCCCGCUGGCGACGACUGGUCGAAAAAGAGGGAAGGAUAAGAGAAUCCGGUCGCCGGAAAGUGAAGUCAUGUCGCCGGUGAGUAGUGAGGUGGCUUUGGAGGUGAAAAAAGAAGAGGACUAGACUGCUUGACGGUGAGAAUCACCUGUCACUGUUAUUAAACUAGAAAACGUGAUAGAUAACGUGAAUAUAGAUAAUUAGUGGUUGAAUUAAUGCACCAUUAAGAAUGUAUUAUAUGUGUAAUUAGCGGUUGCUUGCAA